AUGUCCUCUACCGAUGAGGCGAGUCGCCUCCGGGACCUUCAAGCCGAUGUCCGCAACCAAGAUGAUCUCGAGAGAGACAUCACUCGGCAGGCGGACAAAGCUCUUGCCGAAAAGGCGGAAGAGAAUGACAUCAAGCGACUCGAGAAAGUCCUGGUGGAGAGAGAACGUAUCGACACCCAGGUCCGCCGAGCGCACCAGCGCCUUACCCAUUCCGUCGGCACCGCCACCCGCCAUCGGGUGGAGAAUGAGUUGAAGGGAUUGGAGGUGCGCAAGGCGGGUCUGGUGAAAGACCUGAAGGAAAUUCAACAACGUAUUGAUGAGAGGCGCCAGUCACAAGAGAAUGCAACAGUAGCACACGGAUCCGGGCGGCUGCCGAACGAGUCGCGCCGUGACUACCUGCUGCGAACUGGAAAGAUUACCCCGUUUGCGUUGAUGAAUGCGGGAUCCAGAGAUGGGCCGCUUGCCAACCUCGAGGAUGCGCUUGUCGAUACCGAGGAUCAGUACAAUGAGGAGCAGGAGCGUGAACGGGCCAAGCAUGAGCCAGCGGCAUCCCACCGUGAUCUUGCACGACCAGAUUUCGAUUUCGAAGAGAGCAGCAGCAAACGUCGAAAGGUCGCUCAGACUAGUUCCCCAGGGGCAGAUUCCUCCGCAAGCUACGUUGCCUCGGAGGGUGCCGAGGACGUAUCAGGAGAUGAAGAGUUCAUGCCUGAUACUUUGCCCGAAGCAAAGCCAAGUCGUAAGCGCAAACAAACGAAAGGCAAAAGUGAGCUUGAAGACCUGAGUGGAGUGGAUGAUGGCAAUGAGAGAAUCUACCAGGCUCGUGUCCAGGAAUGGAUCAGUCGGCGUAGCUCUGCUCGACGGGACGCCGCGACUCACUCCAUCGAGAGUGGGCUGGAUGACGAAGAUGAAUGGCUCAAGCCACAUCCCACUGAACCAGCCAUGGAGCUUGACAACGACUUGCGCGUGCCUGGGGAUAUCAGUCGCUAUCUGUUCCCUUACCAGAAGACUGGUGUUCAGUGGUUAUGGGAGUUGCACCAGCAAACCGUGGGUGGAAUUAUUGGAGACGAGAUGGGCUUGGGAAAGACCAUCCAGGCAAUUGCCUACCUUGCGUCACUGCACCAUAGCAAUAAGUUCACCAAGCCGGCUAUCAUUGUUUGCCCUGCAACUCUUAUGAAGCAAUGGGUCAAUGAGUUUCAUCGCUGGUGGCCACCCUUCCGUGUUUCUAUUUUGCACUCAUCAGGAAGCGGCAUGAUGAACCUCAGCAAAGAAAGCAGUCGGGAGAGUGCACUCACAUCCGAAAUGAUGGGAAGUCGCAGCUCUGGCCGUCUAUCUGCUGGCCAAAAGGCAGCCAAGAAGAUCAUCCAGCGAGUCACCCAAGAAGGCCACGUCUUGGUCACUACAUACUCAGGCCUGCAGUCAUAUGCAGAUGCUCUCGUUGAUGUUGAGUGGGGAUGUGCUAUUCUUGACGAAGGCCAUAAAAUUCGCAACCCUGAUGCCGGUAUCACCUUCAGCUGCAAGGAAUUGCGUACUCCCCACCGCAUCAUUCUCUCUGGAACACCUAUGCAGAACAGCCUGGUAGAUCUGUGGUCAUUAUUUGACUUUGUUUUUCCUAUGCGCCUAGGCAACCUGGUUACAUUCAAGAACCAGUUUGAGAACCCCAUCCGGCAGGGAGGAUAUGCGUCUGCAACUAACCUCCAAGUGCAGACAGCUGCAAAGUGCGCGGAGACUCUAAAGGACGCCAUUAGUCCAUACUUACUCCAGCGCUUCAAGGCCGAUGUAACAUCCGAUCUACCGCAGAAAAGCGAACAGGUCAUCUUUUGCAAAUUGACAGCUCUUCAGCGAACGAUCUACCAGAGAUUCCUUGGCUCAGAUGACAUGAAAUCCAUUUACACAGGCAAACGAAACUCACUGUUUGGAAUUGACAUCCUACGCAAGAUCUGCAACCAUCCUGACCUGGCAGAUCACCAAUUGCGGUCUCGCGAGGCGGACUACGGUAAUCUAGAGCAGUCUGGCAAAAUGCAGGUCCUGAAGGGUUUACUCGAGGUCUGGAGAGAUACCGGCCACAAAACCCUGCUCUUCACCCAGGGACGUCUGAUGCUGGACAUCAUCGAGAAAUUCCUCAAUCAUUUGGGUGGUUUCCAAUACCGCCGAAUGGAUGGCACUACACCUAUCAAGGAGCGCCAGUCCCUGGUCGACACAUUCAACAAUGACCCUGAAAUCCACGUCUUCUUGCUCACCACCCGCGUGGGUGGGAUCGGAGUGAACUUGACAGGUGCUGACCGUGUCAUUAUCUUUGAUCCCGACUGGAACCCAUCCACCGAUCUGCAAGCGCGCGAGCGUGCAUGGCGUCUGGGCCAAAAGCGUGAUGUCACUAUCUUCCGCUUGAUGACCAAAGGCACGAUUGAAGAAAAGAUCUAUCACCGCCAAAUCUUCAAACAGUUCUUGACCAACAAGAUCACCCGUGAUCCUCACCAGCGUGAGGGUUUCCAGUUGAGUGAUCUUUACGACCUGUUCUCUCUGACAGAUGAGGAUGAUAAGGAACUGGAGACAACCCAGCUUUUCAAGAAUGCGGAGGUUACGUAUCAGGAAGAGACCGACGACCCUCGCGAUAAGAGGAACCGUGGACGCAAGAGCGAACCCGUUCCGAAGACCGAAGAUGAAGAUCUAAAUGUGGACGGAGUCGCCAGGAUCGAAGCAUUCAAAGAUACCGCCGAAGAAGAGAAAAACUCCAAAUCCUCCGAAGAUCGCAUUAUGCACGGUAUCUUCGCCCGCUCCGGUGUGCACUCCGCUCUGGAGCACGACCAAAUCGUGAACGGCCGUCGUGUCCUUCGCGCCGACCCCAAGAUGAUUGAAGCUGAAGCCCGUCGUGUGGCCAACGAAGCAGCCGAAGGCCUCCGCCAAGCCGAACAAGAAGCUCGCAACGUCCCAAUUGGCCUCCCAACCUGGACCGGUCAGUUUGGCAUCGCUGGUCGCUCCGAUCCCUCGACCGGCGGUAGCUCUGCUCGGUCUAACCGUGGCGGUCCUUCAUCCGCCAGUCUGUUGGCCAACCUUAACCCAGCUGCUGCAUCACGAUCCAAUAGCGACGGCGACCGCAACGGCAACGGCGCUCGUGCCGGUGCUUCUUCUUCCCGCAUGCCCCGUGGCAAAGAUUUCCUCCCACUGAUUCGGGAUUAUCUCGCUUCUCGUCGCGGUCCAGCAUUCUCUCACACCAUUGUUGAACAUUUCAAUCAUUAUUGUAAUAUACCAGAGCGCGUGGCUGAGUUUCAGGAAUCGCUUAAGACGGUCGCGACACUUGAUCGUGUUGGUGGUAGAGGUCGAUGGACUCUGAAGCCUGAGUUUGCUCGCAAUGCUAGCAACCAGAGCCAGAGACGCUGA